CUCACCCGGUCCUCCUGCUGCUGUUGAGACCCCCCUCCUCCUCCUCCUCCUUCUCCUCCUCCCCACCUUGCGUUCCGUGCUCUGGUUCAUUUCUCCGGGCAUGCUACUUAAGCCAAAGUAUGGCCGCUUUCGCAACGAUUCCGUGACCUCCUCUGACGACCUCCUCCAGAGUGUAGCCAUGAGCGGGAAGGUGAGCGCCUCCCCGGUCGUCCCGUCCCCCCCGCCGGUCCUGCAGCUGGACCGGGAGCCCGCCGGCCCGGCCGCGCCGCCGGCCCAGGCUUUGGCCGACUCUCCCUCCCUGGACGGGGAGCAGGACGGAACCACCACCUUCUGCAUGCUCAUCCCCAAAAUGCCCCAGUGGAAGUUCUCCAACUCGCUGCUCAGCCGCAGCCCCUCCAACUCCAGCUCCAGCUCCAGCUCCAGCAAGGACUCCGGCGGGGGCAAGGCGUCCGCCCAGGGGGGGUCCUCUGAACCCGCGGCGGGGGCUGCCGCCGUCGUCGCCGCCGCCGCCAGCGGCCCCGUGGCCAGCUUGGCGGCGGUUCUCAACUCUUGUGACCCUGUUUGCGUCACCCCCUGUUCCCUACAGGCGAUCAGCAGGCACAGGGCCGCGGCCGGGUCGUCGGGCAGUCGAAGGGGGAGCGGGGCAGGGGUGACGGAGGCCACGGGGAGCCCCGGAGGCUCCAGGACAGGGAUGAAUCGCAGGGGAAGGGUGGAGGGCAUGUGGCUGGGCGGAGAGGAUUUUAACCAGAAAGGAAGUUUCAUCCACAAACCGUCCCAGGGAUGGCUACACCCAGACAAGAAAAUCAGCACCGCUGGAGCCUCUUAUAUCAUCAGGUAUAUGGGUUGCAUUGAGGUCCUAAAAUCAAUGAGGUCACUGGAUUUCAGCACAAGGACACAAGUGACCAGAGAAGCCAUUAACAGGCUGUGUGAAGCUGUACCUGGUGGAAAAGGGGCCUGGAGGAAGAAGAACGUAAACAAGGCCCUGCAGACCAUCAUGGGGAAGAGCAACCUGCGAUUCGCAGGCAUGAGCAUUGCCAUCAACAUCUCCAUAGAGGGUCUCAGCCUGAUCAUUCCCACUACCCGACAGGUGAUUGCACAUCACCCUAUGCAGUCCAUCUCCUUCGCGUCCGGCGGGGACUCAGACACGCCGGACUAUGUUGCAUAUGUAGCCAAAGAUCCCGUCAAUCAGAGAGCGUGUCAUAUCCUGGAGUGCUGUGACGGCCUCGCCCAGAACGUCAUCACCACCAUCGGCCAGGCUUUCGAGCUGCAGUUCAAGCAGUACCUACACAGCCCGCCCAAAGCCAUUCCCACCAUGGACAGGAACAUCAGAACGGACGAGUCAGCGUGGGGGGACGACGAUGAGUCGUCAGAGCACGAUUACUACAACAGCAUCCCGGGAAAAGAGCCCCCUGUCGGCGGGGUGGUGGACACCAGGCUGAGGGCCCCCGGAGCUUUACUGGGGCAUGCUCACAACCAGUCCCAGAACAAAAACGUACAGGUGGGAUCUCCUGCCAGGAAAGAGACGUCCACUCUUCCCAUGGGUCAGCCAUGCUACGACGCUCACUGGGACAAGGAGAAUGUCAGCAGCUCAGGUCUGACGUCCGACGGCUACCUGAGAGCUGACGGUCACCCUCCCGGUAGUCGUGACUACGAGGAGCACCUGUACGUUAACACUCAGAGCCUGGACAGCCUGGAAGCGGCAGCAGACAGCCGAGCAGGACCCAGGUCUGAGAGUCCGAAGAGAGACCUCUUCGACAUGAGGCCCUUUGAAGAUGCUCUGCGUCUGCACGAAGCAGGGGGCGUGUGCGUGCUGGAGGGCCAGUGGCCCAGUCCCCCCAAACGGCGAGCCCCCAUCGCCCCCACGGAGGAGCAGCUGAGGGGGGAGGCGUGGUACCACGGCCGGAUGAGCCGCAGGGACGCCGAAAAACUGCUGGGGAGGGACGGGGACUUCCUGGUGCGCGACAGCGCCACCAACCCCGGCCAGUACGUGCUGACAGGCAUGCACUGCGGCCUACCCAAGCACCUGCUCCUGGUGGACCCAGAGGGAGUGGUUCGUACUAAAGACAUGCUAUUUGAGAGCAUCAGUCACCUGAUCAACUACCACCUGCGGAACAGACUGCCUAUUGUUGCUGCAGAGAGCGAGUUACAUCUCCAGCAGGUGGUCAGCAGGAAACUAUGACCCUCCACCCACACAACCACACCCGACAGAAGUCAUGCUGCCUGUAACGGCCUCCGUCUCCUGACUCCUACAGCAGAGAUGAAGGUUCUUCGUUUUGCCUUACUCACUGACUCUGGGCUUCCACUGGGCAAUCGAUGCACACACAGACCCCUCUCUGUCCCAGACAGGAAACAUAAACAAUCCCUCCCUCUGAACUACAACUCCCAGCAUGCCGCUCAGCUAAAACCAACUCUCUGCCACAAUCCCAUCCUGGAAGCUACUGCAUGGGACUGAAAAGGACAGAGGUCACAAGGAUGUCACAGAGGUCAUACAGGUCACGUCAGCUGUGGCAAUGACAUAUCCCACAAGGCUUUGCAAGAGUCCUACGCUAGCUAAAUCUCGUGACGCUGCAGAGCGACCUGCGUGGCGUGACGAGAUUUGACCCACGUUCUUUAGAACAAAUGUGAACAACCAAUCAAAAAACAAAACAAAAACAAAACAAAAAAAAACAGAACUUUUAAAAAACAGCAUAUGAGAUUACGUCCCCCCUUGUGCUAUGGUGUUUGGCUAUACAUGUCACAGCCUCAGCGCUGGGGAACGAAUACAACUGAGAAUGAAUGCGUCUGUUCUUUUCUUGCAUUACAAAUCAUUAAACACUCUCUCUCUCUUUCUCUCUGCUGAGAGAUGCAGAGGUACUGAAAACUGAUCUUACAUGUUGUAAAACCGUGCGUGUGCUCAGGAUGUUGCUUUUCACAUAAAUGUACGUCUGUCAAUUCAGUAAAUGACUUUACGUUCAUGAUAUGCUGUCAUGCCAAAUGCA